GCCGCGUCGGGGCUAAUGUAUAAGAGCGCCAUUUGCAAUGUGGGUUGAUACUCUGUACCAUCAAUUUGGUAACGAAUCUGAUCAUUAUCGCCAACUCAGUCAGCGUCGCAUUGCAAUAACACGAUGCCCCUCUGGAAUAUUUAUCACCCUGAUGGCAUUUUUGAGGAUGACGAGAGUAAGGCGGCUCUCUCAGCCGAUGUUACUACAUACUACACCGAGGCCGGUCUCCCUGCUUUCUACGUUGUUAUCAACUACAUCAAGAUGUCUGGAAACACCACAUGGGUUGGAGGUAGACUGCCCAGCAAAGAGGAACCGUUCGUUCGAAUUACAAUGGACCACAUUGCCAUCCGCUUGCCAGACAGCGACACGAUGUACAGAAGAGUGGCAGAUAGAUUGGACGCAAUCAUUAGGAAGCACCUAGAGCCUAAGGGAUACCACUGGGAAUUUCAUGUCAACGAAACAGAGAGGAGAUUAUGGAAGAUUAAUGGAUUGUUUCCGCCACCGUUCCGGAGCGACGAAGAGAAAAUUUGGUUUGAACAGAAUAAGGCUACGCCAUGGGAGAAAUUGUGACCAACGUUUGUCCAGACUGUUCGGCGCGAGACAAAAGGCGGUGCUUUGGUUUUGUGAAAUAGUCGGCAAAGGGGAUAAAAGUUUGUGUCAAAAGGUUUACCGUAUUGAAGAGAAUACAUUGUAUCAGGUUGUGAGCUAUCUACCAUGGGACUGACAGGAUCCAAACGUACUUGGGUACUUCCUAGAUCUCUAAGUCGGCGAUUCUAAAGGUUUAGAGGAAGAUUCAGCCAUGGAUAUAGACUAAGCAGUUAGUGGAUGAGGAUGUCUGGUAAUCUACGAUAUUUCUUGCCU